ACCAGGAUGGUUUUCAGCGGCAGGUUUGGACUGGCUGAAGAUUUCCCUCUUCCCGGCAAGGCCUUCGCAAGCGCGGAGGAACGGUGGCUGCAUGCAAGAAGAGGGGGUCCCCCAAAACCCGAGGGACUUUGACACCAUGGCGAUUCUGGUUCACUGAAGGAUAUGGAAAGAGAGGAACGCGAGGAUCUUCAACGCCGCGCACUGCACAGCGGCACAGGCAGGCUUUGAAGCUACCAUGGAGGAGUUCAGAAUGUGGAAGGCUGCUGAUUGUAUCAACCAGCUAUUAGUGUAGCUAACUGUUCCUGUUCUGUUCCUUCCUUCCCAGAUCAACACAAUCUCUGUGUUGCCUCAAACACUAUACUUGUAUUUUCUCUUCUCUCUUAAUAAAGAUCGGACACCGGCCUUUUUGACAGGAUUGUUGUUUUUUCAGCCGGCCAAUGUUCUCUGAAUGUCUGAUUCAAUUUCGGAAGCGGAAAACCUAACCGCGGCCAAUUGACGCACAUAACAUCAAGCGAUCAACUGCUAAUAUGUCAUAAUACAUGAAGACAUGAGCAGGUAAUGGAUAUUCUUAAGGAGGUUGACUGCAAGUCAAGUCAAGGUAAGCGGACGCGUUUGCUAUUGCCAUCAAUCAGGAAUUUCAAAGUAGGGACAUAAAUUUCCAUGCAAUUUCCAAUGCAUUUCUUCAGAGAAGCACUGAUUGGCUGGCCUACUAAAGCCACAGAAUCCUACUACCUUUUAUUCAGAUAUAUAUAUAAGUACUGAUUGGCUGGCUUAAAAGCCACAGAAUAAGAAUAACAACCCAUUUCCCAAACUCGGACAUCCCCCAUGGGUGCAACUGCAGCCUGCUGCGUCCUGCUCAUUCUAGCCGCCACGGCUGCCUCCUCUGUGUACGCACAACAAGCCGGCGGUGGGUGCUUCGCAGGUGAGAGGGAUGCGCUGCUCUCAUUUCGAGCCGGCAUCGGAAAAGAUCCCCAGGGCCUCCUCGCCUCGUGGAGUGGCCAGGAUUGCUGCCUCUGGAAUGGCGUCAGGUGCAGCAACACAACAGGCCAUGUUGUCGAGCUCGGCCUCCGCAACAGUUUCUUCUUGGAUGAUCAGUUCGCUCCCGUGUUCUCCAACAACUCUCAUGGAAUGCGUGGAGAGAUAAGUUCUUCCUUGCUUGUUCUGCGUCAUUUGGAGCACCUAGAUCUCAGUGGGAACUAUCUCGGGGGAAUAGGCGUGCCCAUACCAAGAUUCUUGGGCUCUCUCCCGAGCUUGGUAUAUCUCAACCUCUCCUCCAUGGAUUUCGACGGGAAGGUGCCCCCUCAACUCGGCAACCUCUCCAGGUUACUAUAUCUUGACCUCAACAACAUCUGGAAUCCUAAUGAGUUUUAUGGUGAUGAUAAUAUAUUGCAUGCCGAGGAUAUAUCGUGGUUACCACGUCUCCCUUUGCUAAGGUUUCUCGACAUGAGUGGUGUGAAUCUCACCGCUGUUGGCAACUGGGUUCAAGUGCUUAGCAUGCUUUCUAAUUUGAGAGCACUUCGCCUUUCUGAAUGCCAUCUUGUCUUUCCACACACACCUAUUCUGCAUCCUAACCUAACAUCACUUGAGAUGCUUGAUUUAACAGCGAGUGGGAUUGACACCUUGAACCCAACCUACUGGUUCUGGGAUGUUGGCACCAUCAGGCAUCUUGAUCUCACAAAUAACAUAAUUUCUGAACCUUUUCUGGAUGCAAUGGGAAAUAUGACUUCCCUUGAGGUUCUGAAACUUGGAGGCAAUUACCUCACAGGUGUAAGAACCGAAAUCCUGAACAACCUGUGCAAUUUGAGAGUGCUAACACUGUGGUCAAAUCCGAUCAACCAAGACAUUUCAGAAGUUUUGAAGGGGUUGCCUCAGUGCGCAUGGAGUAAGAUAGAGUUGCUAGAUCUAUCUUGUACCAAUAUCAGUGGGGAAAUUCCAAAGUGGAUUAACCAAUGGACUAAUUUGAGCAUUCUUCAACUAUCUUCAAAUAGGCUUGUAGGAUCAAUAUCUACUGAAAUUGGUAUGCUCAGCAAACUCAACCAGUUGUAUCUCGAUGGUAAUCAGUUAAAUGGCUCUAUAUCGGAGGAACAUUUCACCAGUUCAGUGAAUUUGGAGGAACUGGACUUGUCUUACAACUCCCUACACAUGACAAUCAGCUCACACUGGAAUCCGCCCUUUAAACUGCAUCUGGCUUAUUUCCCUCGUAGCAAAGCUGGACCUCGGUUUCCUUUGUGGCUUAAAGGGCAGAUCAGCAUUACUAAUCUUGACAUUUCUGAUGCAAACAUAGUUGAUUAUCUCCCGGAUUGGUUUUGGACUGUAUUUUCAAAUGUUCAAUAUUUGAACAUCUCUUGUAAUCAGAUCAGUGGCAGGUUACCAAGGACACUUGAAUUUAUGCCUUCUGCUCUAAUAUUUGACCUCAACUCCAAUAACCUCACUGGUACUCUACCGCACCUACCAAGGCAUUUGAUAGAGCUUGACAUUUCCAGAAACUCUUUAUCAGGGCCACUACCGCAACAAUUUGGGGCUCCAUCCCUCAUGGAUUUAUUGCUUUCUGAGAAUAGUAUCAAUGGCACUAUACCACCAUAUAUUUGUCAGUUGCAGUUACUGCAAGUUCUGGACCUCGCAAAGAACUGUCUUGUAGGACAGUUUCCCCUCUGUCCAGAGGUAUCCGAAGGAAGAUUCAUUAAAGCUAUAAUUUUAAAUGAAAACAACCUUUCUGGUGAAUUCCCUUCAUCCUUGCAGAGCUUCCCAGAGUUGAUUCUACUUGAUCUUGCCCAUAACAAAUUUGGUGGAGAGUUGCCGACAUGGAUAGCAAAGAAAUUGCCAGAUUUGUCUUAUCUCAAGCUGCGGCAUAAUAUGUUUUCCGGUUCUAUUCCAGUUGAGCUCACACAUCUUGGAUACCUGCAAUAUCUGGACCUUGCGUAUAACAGAAUAUCAGGAUCAAUACCUCAUACAUUGGGUAACUUGAAAGCUAUGGUUGAGGAUCAGACACAAUCACAAGUUGACCCUUUAACGUGGAGUGUGGAAAGGCCAGGAAACCCUGCCACAGACUAUGAAACAAAAUAUGAUGAUAGCUUAGUAGUGGUAAUGAAAGGUCAAUACCUUGAUUACACUAGCAAUGUCUUUUAUAUGGUUGGUCUUGACUUGUCCUGCAACAAUUUAGUUGGAGAUAUUCCAGUUGAAAUAACAUCUCUUGUUAAUCUGAAGAACCUGAACAUCUCCUAUAAUGGGUUGUCCGGUAAGAUCCCAGAGAAGAUUGGCCUUCUUGGAUCAUUGGAGUCUCUUGACCUGUCAUGCAAUGAACUCUCUGGCGAAAUUCCUUCUGGCUUCUCAGACAUGACAAUGUUAAGCAAGAUGAACCUGUCAUACAAUAAUCUAUCAGGAAGAAUUCCCACCGGGAAUCAGCUCCAGACGCUCAUUGAUCCAGCAUCAUCGUACAUCGGCAACAAAUACCUCUGCGGGCUUCCUCUUUCGAGGAACUGUUCAGGGCCUAAGGUAUUUGGAGGGGAUCUUGACAAGCAUCAAGGAGAGGCGAGGUUUUUCUAUCUUGGUCUGGCUGCGGGAUUUAUCCUGGGUCUUUGGGUGGUCUUUGUUCUCUUUUUAUUUUGUAAGAGAUGCAGAGUUACUUGUUUCCAACUGUUUGACAAGCUAGUGCGUGCUAUAAAAGCAUUCAUGGCCUGAAAUUCUUCAAGCUGCCAUGGAAAAUUUCUGUUCCGAAGACAGAACCCUAAUCAGCAUUGUAUCAUCAUGUAUUUUCUAUUUUUCUUUACACCUUGCUCUUUAAUCGGCUGUACCGUACUAUUCAAUUUGGGGGCAUUCCUUCAGUACUCUCUUUUUAUAAUAUACGCCAAGAGAUCAACUCUAGAGGGUUGCUACUACUGUAAUGCACCAUUGUAAUGAGGAUCCACCAUCAUGGAUUGUUGUAGAUAAACAUGGUAUUUUCUCAUCGUUGAGGGUGAAA